AUGAAAAAUUGCUGGAUUGAUUACCUAAGCAGCCCCAGGAUAUGUAUAAGAAACCCAGCGACGGUCAACAAGAGGAACAACCCAGAACCAACACGACAGAAACGGUCAACAGGCGAAAGUGGGAGAACGAUGGGACAGAGCAGCUCAUCAACCAGAGACCAACAACAGCAGCCUCGCCAUCACUCAUCCAUCCUCCAAUCGAUCAAACGACGCAGGCGGAACGCACGCAGAACGACUACUACAACAAAAUCAUCCUGGAACCCAUUCAGACACCGAUCAUCACCCAGAACACCGCGCCCAGCAACCCAGCUCAGCCAGCCACAGCCCACGCCGAACAGCACUAGUCCCAGCAAUCGAUCGAUCGAACAACCAACCAACAGCGAACCUCAACCUCCCCCGGGCCCAGCCAGCAGCAUAUCCCCAGCAGAACCAGCCCACCCUCCAACCCAACCCCCAUCACCCAUCCCACCCGACCCGGACGAGUCCUCGACAGAGCCAUCUCAACCUGCCCACCCUGCCCCUCUUCCCGACCCCGAAGCUGACACAAGCCCUGCUGCCGACCGAUCGGCAGCAACGGGAAGCCAAACACCAGCUAGGAGGAUCUAUGUACAGGGCAUGGUCGUCGUCCGCAACGUCGCUGAGACCUCUGCAUCCCCAUCGGCCCCCACCCAAGCUCAUCAUCAGCUUACCCCAUCAGCUGCUCAGCCUACCAUCAUCCCAUCCGACCAUCCCGAUCCAACAAGCGACCCCUCCGAUGAUCAAUCUCUUCAUCCAUCACAACACGACUCAUCUCCUCAAGAAAUCGACCCGCCACAUCCCUCCGACUCCGACUCUCCCAACACGGCCACCACCGGCUUGAUUUCACACACUCGAAUCUCGCCAUCCCAAGUACAACUCGAGCAAGCCACGAUGAUAUCCAGAUUACUCUCUGCCGCUGCCGCCGCAACAGCUUCCUCACUUCUCCCCUAUGCUAUCCAUGCUGAUGGCACCUCCAUUCAGAAUCCUCCCCAUGACCACCAGCCCCGCUCUCGCCCUCGAUCUGCUUCGCAUCCAACCGAUUUACCCUCCUCAUCAGCCCGGAUCCGCCCAGCCUCACCCACGGGGAACCAUCCCAACCUCAGCCAAGAGACUUCCGACAACGAGCACGAUUCUCACGCGGGACUGCAAACCACGCUUCGCGAUGCCCUCAGGGCUGCCUUUGGAGGCGCGCUCGUCAACGCCAGCCCCGAGCCAUCACCCGAUCAAAGCCCCGCCUCCUCGCCACACGCUUCAAGUAGCAAUGACCACCGAUCAGCCACCCUCCCGACUCCAGCGUUACCCGCCUCUAUUCCCACAUCACCACCCCCCUCUCAAUCCGCCAAUGACCCGCUAACCGAACCCAUGUCCCCCAGCCCUGCUCCCAACACCCGCGGAACCGGACCAAAUAGCUCUAAUACCGGACUUCCAAGCCACCGCCGGUCGUCAUCUCCACACUCAGCCCCAGACAUACCAUCUUCUCAAGACAUCCCAGCCGCCACUUCAGAGAGCUCCAUGAACCCAGACUUGGGCGCCAAUCUCACCACUCAUGCUGACCUAGGAGCAUUCGAACAGUUCUUGAGAGACCUCCAGGCUGAUGUGGGCGAUGCCAUCUUGACCGCCCUGGGAGCCCGCCAACCAGCGCCUGUUGAUCCACAGGAGCUGGACGAACGAGUCCGAAUGGCCACCGAACUACCGUUUGCGGAGGAGGCAGAGGAUGAACUCGAUGAGACGGAUGAGCCCGACCCGCGACCGUCGUUCAACUUUUUCAGAAUGCAUCGCUUCGAAGGCGUCCACCCGCCGAUCCAAGCCGGCCCCACAACGACCGAUGGUGCGGAUGGAGCAAGACCGGCGCUGAUUCCGGUGCUACUCGUCGGCGUGCGCUCUGCGCCUCCCAACCCGUUGCUCGGUGCACUCGAAAGAAUGGCGAGUCAGGUGUCCCCAGCAGCCGAGCCGACUAGGGCAGGAGCUUCCGCGGUCGGGUCAGGGCCGUCGGUCGAAGAAGACGAGCUCGGCGACGAGGAGGAGGAUGCGUUUUGGGCCGCCAACGAGGACCGGGCGCCGGGCGGGGCCCGACGGUCCUCUGAAAGCCUCGGCCAGGGCUCAAUCGGCUUGCGCAGGAUGUUCCAGGACCAGAGCCAGGAGUCGUUCGACGCCUGGUCGGAUGUCGAGAGCGGCCAAGACACCGCCGCCGACGCUUCCCCUGCGCCCGAUCCCGCCGUCCCUGCUCCAACCUCCCCCGCGCUCGGCCCCGACGCCUUCACACCCCCUCACCGCUCGUGGCUCAUCUUCGUCCUCGCCGGCCUCUACCCCGAAUCCCAUCCAAUCUUCACCGCCCCCUCCCUGUUCAUCCCCCACGGCCUCCAAUCGGCCCACGCGGCCGCCGACCCGUCCACUCGCGAGGAAGAGGGAGGUGACCGGGGCGGCCUGAUGAGUCGACUACGCGGGCGACGGGGCGGCGCGUCAGGAAAUGAUGAUGUUGAUGGCGAUGGCCAGCCACGGCAAGAUAUGAUCGAGGAGCAGCUGCUCGACUACGAGACCAUGCUCCGGCUCGCAGAGCUCCUCGGCCAUAACACCCUCUCCUCGCCCUUCACUGGCUUCCCCCCCAAACCGCCCCGGCUCACGCUCACUCAGGCUCAGAUCGAUCGCUCCGAUAACUUCAAGAAAUUCACAUUUGCUCAUGUUCGCCAGCAUCGUAAACUGCCCUCGCCCGUCUCCCCUCCUCCCCCCGAUGAUCCCCAGAUCCUUUCUCCUGAAGAGAUGCAGAGAUCGGACGCAAGUGACACGAUCUCCGUGCUCGAAAACACACUCGAGAAAUGCCUCAUUUGUCUGGACGAGUACGGCGACGAGGACCCGCCCGGCUCAGCCUUUCUGCUGCGCAGCUCGCACAGUUGGCCCUCUGACAAACCCGGAAAAGCUGCUUUGUCCUUCCAGACCACCUCGGGCUCGUCCGACUCGCAUCUGACCUACCCAGAGCCUGAUGCCCAACGCCGCGUGAAGUUCAAGCCCUCCAUCGACCCGCUCGUCCAGCCCGGCCAUCUCCCCGAAGUGCCUCUCCACAUUGGGGGCCGGGCCCGGAGGCCGAGCCGGACGUCGAGAUGCACUCCUGGACCCGCAUCAAUCCUGAGCCGGCUGUUGGCGAGUACCCCGGCCAGCAUCCCAUCCAACAGCCCUACCGGCAUCCCGCCACCACCGGAGCAGCUCCCUUUGCCCGUCUUCCCAUCCGACGCUACCGGACCCCAUGAUCCUCCUCCUUCGGGAGAGACGGACCCGAUGUAUCGGCCGGCGAAGAAGGCCGCCAAGCUGGUCAAAGCAACCCACAUCAUGUCCAAACAACGGCGCAGAAACGUUAUCCAGGGCGGCUUCGGAAGCCUGUCGGGUAUCUCCAUUGCCACGCCCGACCCGCCUCCGCCCGGCUCCUCAGCCACACCGAUGUCCGAGCAAAACAACGCCAAGAAGCCCAAGACCGGCGGCCGCGGAAGAAGAGGCGAGAUCAAGACCGGCGCCAGUAAGUUUGUCAUCCUCAAACGCGCAGCCGAGUUUGUUGUCUGGAUGGCCGACUAUAACUCUGCCCUGUCCUCUGAAGUCUCCUGUCUCAAAAACAUCCUCCUCAGCCAUCACAUCCAGGUCUAG